AGCAAGCUGAACCCUGAGUUCCAGAAUAAAAGAUGCUGUUAUUGGUGUUAUGAACUGAGAUGUGUUAAAAUCGUUGGGGAAUUGAUUAAAGCAAUUUCAACAAAGGUUGGAUAUUUAACUGAAUGUUUGGAUUGUGGCCCUGAAGAUGACAAAGAACGACAAGGAAAAGUCCAGUAUGGAACUCUUUUCUUUGGAAACAGAUGACAGGACGGAUGAGGAGAGAGCUAAAGCCAAAGCAGCAAGAAAGGAUCGGCAAGCAUUCGGAAAGGGCAAAACACCAAUGGACACUGAUCUCCUAGAGGACCAUGGUGAAUUAUGUCCCAAAAUACGAAUCAACCUGAAGUUUUCUAGUGAAAUACAAGGGAUAGAAGAUGAACCAGACCAUCACAAGAAGUUUGAUAUCAAGAGGCUGUUUAAUGCCGUGGCCAGUGGUGAUGUCACUAGGAUGGAGGGCCUGGAGGAGUAUCUGUGUAAAACGAACAAGAAGCUGACAAAUUGUGAAUAUCGGCCCAAUGGGAAGACAGCCCUGAUGAAGGCACUGCUAAACCUGAAAAAUGGAGAUAACAAAACAGUGGAGCACUUGCUGGGUAUCGCAGAGAGAAUGGGAUAUCUGGAUAAGUUAGUAAAUGCAGCAUAUACAGAUGGCUACUAUGAAGGACAGACAGCUCUUCAUAUAGCCAUCGAGAGGAGAAACAAACGUUUUACUGAGCUGCUUAUUCAGAAAGGGGCUAAUGUCCAUGCAAAGGCCUGUGGUACAUUCUUCCAGCCACUUAGUGAAACAUGUUUCUAUUUUGGGGAACUGCCACUUUCUUUGGCAGCAUGCACUAAUCAAAAAGACAUAGUGGAUCUGCUGAUGGAUAAAGCAGACGUGAGGCGUACUGACACUAUGGGGAACACGGUUCUCCACGCUCUCGUCAUGGUGGCUGAUAACAGCACUGAAAAUACCGACUUCAUCGCUUCCAUGUACGACUACAUCCUUACCAAAGAUGCUGUUAAAAAUCCCAAAGAGAAGAAGCUGGAGGGCAUAGAGAACAACCAGGGACUUACUCCCAUCAAGCUGGCUGCGAAACUAGGAAAGAUCGGGCUCUUUGAAUCCAUUUUGCAUCGUGAGUUCCAGCAGGAGGAGUGCAGACAUCUGUCCCGAAAGUUCACGGAGUGGGCAUAUGGCCCGGUGUACGCUUCACUAUAUGACCUGGACUCUGUCGACACCUAUGAACCAAACUCUGUGCUGGAGAUAGUUGUUUACGGCACAGAAAUACCUAAUCGUCCCCAGUUGCUUCAGGUUGAGCCACUUAAUAAACUACUGGAAGACAAAUGGAACAGAUUUGCCUACCAGCUAUUCCUAGCCAAAUUUAUUCUGUAUCUUAUAUAUCUCGGCAUCUUUACAACUGUUGCUUUUUACCGGGAAGAAGUAAAACCUCCGUUUUCAAUCAAAAGAAAUACGGUUGGUUACCUGCUGUUUGCUGGUCAAGUCAUCAUGGCACUGGGAUCGCUCUACUUCUUUGUUGGUGGGCUGAUGAAUAUAAAGAGAAAACGACCAAGUCUGCAAACUAUGCUGGUAGAUGGCUAUUCUGAACUGCUUUUUUUAUUACAGGCUGUCUUGUUCAUCAUCUGCAUGGGGCUGUAUUUCGGUAAAAGGCAGGAGUAUCUAGCCUUCCUGGUGCUCAGUGUGGCUCUCUGCUGGGUUAAUCUGCUCUACUACUCCAGAGGAACCAGACACAUGGGCAUCUACAGUGUUAUGAUUCAAAGGAUGAUCCUCAGCGACCUUCUGCGCUUCCUCUUCGUCUAUGCGGUCUUCCUCUUUGGAUUUUCAGCAGCUGUGGUGACACUGCUUGAAAGUGAAAGACCUGAGGAACCACAACCUAAGAGCAACAAAACUGGACGGUCUUUUUAUGAAGAUGUUCCACAACAAGAUAACGAUUGCAAAAAACCAACCUAUAAAAACCUCACCUUCACCACACUGGAGCUGUUUAAGUUCACUAUAGGCAUGGGUGACUUGGAGUUCACAGAGCAGUAUGAGAAUAAACACGUAUUUUACACGCUGCUCAUCUCCUAUAUUGUGCUCACAUACAUUCUUCUGCUGAACAUGUUGAUUGCUCUGAUGAGUAAGACUGUGGAGAGGAUGUCCAAGGAGAGCACCAGUAUCUGGAAGCUACAGCGUGCCAUCACCAUCUUGGAUCUGGAGAGAUAUGCAUGCUGUCUGAAGAAUAAGCUGCGGUCAGGAGUGAAGAGGAACCUGGGCAAAAAAGAAGACGACUGGCGCUGGUGUCUCAGAGUGGAAGAAGUCAACUGGAAAAAAUGGAACCGCAACCUGGGCAUCAUCAGUGAGGAUCCUGGAGAACGCAAUACAGUAAUGAAAACUGGACCUCAAAGAGAGCCCAGCCGGCGUAGGUUCCUACGUGAUAUCAGCCGACGGUGGCCCAACAAUCGUAUAAUCCUGGAAGGGCAGGAGACAAAUCCCCUGGCAUCCAGCCCAGUGUAACAGAACUGGGAAGUAUGGAGAAUGUAUUUAAGCACUAAUUUAAGUUUUUUUUUUUUUCUUAUUUUUUAUCUAGCACACAAUAAAAUUGUUUAGGGAAUCAUAGAGGCUUUGGAGGACAAUUUUCUAAGGGCACUUUAAUUCAAUUCAGUUCAAUUUUAUUUAUAUAGCGCUUUAACAAUGGUCAUUGUCUCAAUAAAUAAAUAAAUAAAAUAAAAUAAAAUAAUAAUAAAAAAUAAAUAAUAAUAAUAAUAAUAAAUUGUGUAUGUGUGAGAAAAAUGUGUCUAGAUAAUAAUGAGAUGAAUGAAUGAAAUGUCUCUGAUGAGCAAGCCAAGGGUGACGGCGACAAUGGCAAGGGAAAAACUCCCUGAGAUGGCAAUAGGAAGAAACCUUGAGAGAAACCAGACUCAACAGGGAACCCAUCCUCAUUUGGGUGAUAACGAAUAAAAAUGUUAUAACAUCAUGUGUGUUAUGCAGCUGAAAGUACAAUAUAACAGAAAUUCUUUAAAUUAACAUGAAGUCCAGUUCAGCAUAGGGACGAGUCAGUAGGUGCAGAGGGCAGAUGGGGUCUAUAUCACUGGGAGCACAGGAGCAGGAUGUGUAGCUCCAACCACCAUAAAGCAGAAUCCAGCUGGAGCUGGUCCUUCUCUGGAUGCCUCAGGAUCCUCGCAGGGUCGGCCUUUGUCUACUGAAGCUGGUACAAUCUCCAGAUGUGUCAAAAGUCAGAGCAUUUCAAAAACAUGAGGUCUUAAGUUGUUUUUCUAGAAUGGUGUGGUUAGUACGUACCUACCAAAAGUGAUAUGCUGAAGGACAACCAGUGCAUUGGCAACAGGGUCAUGAAUACCCAAGGCUCAUUGAGGCACAUGGAGAGUGAAGGCUAGCCUGUCUGGUCUGAUCCCAAUGAAGAGCACAAAUUGCUAUCUAUUUCCCUGUCUAUGUCACUUAAUUGGGAAAGAGAUACUAUUUCUAUAGUGCACUAGGAUGCACUAUAGAAAGAAGGCAAGCUACUGUAGAGGGGGAAGUUAGAUGCUUUGCCCAAUGUUCUGCUGGGAAACUUUGGGUCCUGCCAUUCAUAGGGAUGCUACAGUACUUUGACAACAUUGUUCCAGAUCAUGGAAAGGUAAUAAUAUUCCCAAAUGGCAGUGACCUCCUGCCUCAGCGGGAUGCAGCCUGCCACACUGCCAACAAACAAGAGUUCAAGGUGUUGAAUUGGUCUCCAAAUUCAACGGAUCCCAUUUUAAUCACAUAGGAAAAACCAGUCCUAUUCAUGGAGACUCCACCUUAAAAGCUAUACCGUAGGACUUCUGCUGCUAACAUCUUGUAGUCAGAUACUCACACUUAAAGAGGUCGUGUGGAGUCUAAUGUAUGUCUCGACAGAUCAGAGUUGAGGUACAAAGAGGGACUAGGCUAGUGGUUUUAAUGUUAUGGCUGAUUGGGAUAUACAGAAUAAUAGCAUGCAUAUGUCAUAUCUCAGUGUUCGCUACAAUAAUUUCUACACUAAUAAAAAUGUCCUAUAGAGGUCAGCAACUAGCAGCGUACCAAGUCC